AUGUCGGACAAUAGUGAUUGGACAAUUAUGAGUGAUCAACAAAAGGGUCUAAGUAAAAUAAUUGCAGAAUUAUUUCGUGGGAUUGAGAAUAGGAAUUGUGCAAGAACAGAGGUUAAGUGUGAAAUUGUGGACAAUAACCUUUCAGAAGCCUUCAACAACACACUCUUAAAGGCUAGGUCAAAACCAAUAGUUUCAAUGUUAGAAGACAUUAGUGUUGGAAUGAUGAAGAGGAUUGGUGCAAAGAAGUCUUCUGUUGAAAAGUGGAAUGGGCAGUUUGGGUCCUUUAUUAUGAAGAAAUUAAAUGAUAAUAUUCUUGAGAGUGUUGGAUGGGAGGUUGAUUUCAAUGGUGAUGAUGGAUAUGAGAUAAAGAAGGGGAAGCAUCAGUUUAAGGUCAGCAGUCAAAGGAGGAGUUGUUCUUGCAGGUAUUGGGAUCUCACUGGUAUCACAUGUGCACAUGCAAUUUGUGCUAUUUUUGACAAAGGAAAACAACCAGAAGAGUUUGUGCAUGAUUGGUACUCUAACGAUGUGUAUAUCAGAACAUAUUCACAUGUGAUGCAACCCAUAAAUGGUGAGAUCUUUUGGCUAAAAACUCAAAAUGAGAAGCUACAUGCAUCUGCUCCCAAGAAGAUGAAUGGAAGGCCUAAGAAAAGAAGAAAGAAAGAAGAAUCAGAACCUAGGCCUUCACAGUCCACUACUCAGUUGUCCAGAAAGGGAAGAGUUAUGACUUGUGCACUGUGUAAGCAAAAGGGACACAACAAACGUAAUUGUCAUACUCUACCAAGGCAGACUGGCAGUUCAAAUGCAAGAGGAGGGAGUUCUAAUAUAGCUGUUGUACGAGGAGGAAGUUCAAAUGCAAGAGGAAGAAGAGGUGGCCUUGCUAUAUAUACAAAUCCACACACUAGAGAAGUCACACUAAAUGUAAGGAAUCAUGUAGACUAA